GUGGCACGUUCAUUUAGGUCAAUUGCUUCAGCAGACAUGGAUUUGAAUCAGCUGGAGGCUUUUCUCACUGCCCAAACCAAAAAACAAGGUGGCAUCACAUCCGAUCAAGCUGCGGUCAUUGCAAAAUUUUGGAAGAACCACCGAAUAAAGAUCCACGAGAGCCUGAUCAAUCAAAGCCGUUGGGAUAACGUCUUGAAAAACAUGAACUGGCGAGUGGAUCUGAAGUCACAGUCAAGACACAUCGAUCAGAUAAACACUCCUGUCGCAAUAGUUGAAAUGGAACUGGGGAAAAAUGGGCAGGAAUCGGAGUUUCUCUGUCUGGAGUUUGAUGAGGCCAAGGUGAGCCAGAUGCUGAAGAAACUCUCGGAAAUAGAGGAGAGUAUGACUUUGUUGACUCAGACCACUUAACCAAAUAAAGAGAUUGCAACUCAGAAAACAAAUGACCCUUGGUACUUUGUCAUAAUUCCUGCUUCUGCACAUAAAAUAGGUAAUGAUUGUUAAAUCCCUUUUAUAACUGUACAGCACAUUCACAACCAAGUAUGGGCUAAGUUACACGUGAAACCUUCUCCAACCCAUCCUCCAGGCCUGUUCUCCAAGGCAGCGGUAGCCUUGUUCACAUAAAGCUGUGCGUAAUCAGGCCUUCGAGUUUAGUGGAGCUUUUCUCUUUUUUCCCCGUCAGUCAGUUUUUGAGUCUUCCAGAUGCUGUAAAUACUGGGCUGGAUUAAUAGCAAAGGUAAAUCGGCCAGUUGUGACAGGGGAGAAACGAGCAGAAGGAACUGGCAGACUAGGGGGACACACACACACUCAUGUUUGUCCUUCCAAACCAGGGGCUACGUGAGACAAAUCCACCCGCAUGAACUCUGCCUGCUUAGAGCUUAAAGCCCAGGAGAGUAGAUGAAGUGCACUGAGUUCAGGGAGCAGAGACACAAAUAUGAGCCUCUGUACUGCUGAGGAUUAAAUGGUUCCCAAGGUGUGAGGUAGCCAACCUUGCUGGCCUGUUCAGUCACACCUACCCGACGCCAUGGGGAGGCAGGGGACAAUCAGGGGAGCAUCUUGUGGGUGGUGGGAGGGGAUGCUGGUUUCCCAAAAGGAGCAGCCCUCCUGCAUGUGCUGAGCAACCUGCUGGUGAGCCUUCAGAGCCACUUCUGACCUGCUUCCCCAAAGGCUGGCCACCCUCAUCAGCCUCCCAUCGCUCAAGCUGUAGUGGUGCAGCCCUGGCACCGAGCUGCACGGUGUGUUUGAGAGGAUGGUGCUUUAUCAGGGCACAGUUUAACUUGGCUGCUCUUAGUCCUGUUUGUCACGAUGUUUGUCUUGACCUCAAAAAGCCCCAGGUUAAACCCAGGGUUUCUAGUGUGUGCAUGGUCAGCUUGGAAUUCGGGUAAAAGGAAAACACCCUUGGCAACCUGGCAGGUUAAAGCCCUAUUGAUAAAAUAGUUGUGUGAAGAAAACUUCCAGAGGCAGGUAAGGAACGUACAGGGCACCGCAGUCUGAACUGCCUGGGUUGCUGUGGCUCUUGGCUGUCGUGGGCACCUACAUCUCUCUGCUGUAGAGCCAAACUGCAGAGCAACCGCUACCCUUCCGGCUAAAAAGGACUGAGCAGAAAUGUUUUCUGUUUCAGAUGUUUCCGUUCAGGGGUGCAACCUUGUCGGCCCACAGCAGGAUGUAUAACCACACUUACUGGCUUACCAGUGCAGGGGGACGUGGAGGGGAUGUGCUCAAGCAGGCUAAUGCUUGUAUGGAGCAUGGUAGUCCCUACCAGAGAACUGCCUGAUAGUCCAUAAAAUGGUGAUGGACCAGCUGGAGAUGACACGGGCUCGCUGUUUUGCUUUAUUACU